GCAACUGUAAUUUAUCAGGUAAUUUGUCCCUGAUGAAGCACCGUAGCCAUCCAAGAGCAGAAAACACUUGAGGAGUGUUUUGUGCAGCCAAUCGUCAGUACCACCCCGCAAGACUACAUGAAGGCAGAGAGUGGGAGGGAGGACUUGGGAAGCAAAACAUGGCGAUAUAACAAGUUUGGCUGUUAGCUACAGUUUUAAACUGCACCGUAUCGUUCAGUGUUGGACUACAACUACAAGUUCAUAAAAUUGGACGCUGGGGAACGAAAGCAACGCUUAACUUGAAAGAGUCGAGGGCCCCAGUAGACAAGUAUUACGGUGGCUGGCGAGAAAAUAGUGCCUGCCUAUCUGCCUGUUUUCCCCGGAAGGUUGGCAGUGCUAGGCGCGACUGUCAACACAGAAAAUGGAUGAAGAAAGAAAGUUUAUUCUGGAAAAGACUGUUUAGUCUGCUAGCUUAGCUACGUUAGCUAGCCAGUUAGCGUUAGAUUGAUCGCGUGCACCUGACUCGGUAUUCGGAUUACCUUGCGCUCCGGCUGAAAUUGAGGAAUAUUUAAGUCGUGUUAACAAGUUUGACAACUGCUGCUGCAAAGAAUCGUGUUUCAAACGAGGCCAUUAUUUCCAUUUCGUGCACUUAUCCCACAACCAUAGUCUGGGAGGACAUCCUUUUAAGGCAAAUAAUGACAGCCCGACAGUCGGUUCUGGUACGGUGCGGACGGACCCGGACGCCAUCACAUCAGACGUUGCGUUCUCCUUAAAAAUAACCACAGUGUUGCUGAGCCGUAAAUGUCAUUUUAUAUUCCAUCGGCAUAACAAGGAAUUUUUCAGUGGCACACCAGAUCUGUCUGGGAAUUUCUUUUCGUGAACCGCAUCAUUUUAUCUAAUACAAAAUUAGCUGCGAUGUUGUACAGCAGCAAAGACGCGGCGUUUCGUCAAAAUGAACGCAGCAAGGUGUUCAACAACAUUGGAGGUGCGGCGCAUUGAAAACCUGCCAGUCGUCAGAACGGUACCGACGGCCGGCUAACGGUGACGUUAACAGUUUGUGGAAAUCUCUAAUUUAAGUUGAAUGUGUUUUGAUCAGAUAUCGCAACCGGCAUUUCUGUAAAACAACUGCGGAUAACAUUGCUCUCGGACAGAGUUGACGUGAGCUAGCGAGCUGGGUGCGUCUGUGGCAGCUCUGUCUGCGAUGUGUUUGCUAAUCUAAGAGCUACCGUGUUGUUCCGCAACAGUUUCGGUAUACCGAGGCAGUCUGUUUGUUAUAUUUUCUCUUGAACGAUAAGCCCUUUCAAGCUUGUCUAAGCAGCCACUGAAAUUCCCCCCUUGUACUUCUUGUCAAAUAACUGGCUAACUUGUUAGCUAACGUUAUAAGUUUCGCCAGCUAUGUCUGAAAACGCCCCCACACGAAGCCUGGAUGACAUAGACCUCGCAGCUCUGAGGGAUCCAGCAGGAAUCUUUGAGCUCGUCGAGGUUGUCGGCAAUGGGACAUACGGGCAGGUGUACAAGGGCCGUCAUGUGAAGACAGGCCAGCUGGCUGCCAUCAAGGUGAUGGAUGUGACAGAGGAGGAAGAAGAGGAGAUCAAAGCAGAAAUCAACAUGCUGAAAAAAUAUAGCCACCACCGCAACAUAGCCACGUACUACGGUGCCUUUGUCAAGAAAAGUCCACCAGGGCACGAUGACCAACUUUGGCUGGUGAUGGAGUUUUGUGGGGCGGGAUCAGUGACCGACCUGGUUAAAAACACUAAGGGCAGCUCUCUAAAGGAGGACUGGAUUGCUUACAUCUGCAGAGAGAUCCUAAGGGGCCUUUCUCACCUCCAUGCUCAUAAAGUCAUCCACAGAGACAUCAAGGGCCAGAAUGUGCUUCUAACAGAGAAUGCAGAGGUCAAACUUGUUGAUUUUGGGGUGAGUGCUCAGUUGGACAGGACCGUUGGGCGUAGGAACACCUUCAUUGGCACACCUUACUGGAUGGCACCUGAGGUCAUUGCCUGCGAUGAGAACCCUGACUCCACCUAUGACUACAGGAGUGAUAUCUGGUCCUUGGGGAUCACAGCUAUUGAGAUGGCAGAGGGAGCUCCUCCCUUGUGUGACAUGCACCCGAUGAGAGCCCUCUUCCUGAUUCCUAGGAAUCCCCCUCCGAAACUUAAAUCCAAAAAAUGGUCCAAGAAAUUCAUUGACUUUAUAGAGGGCUGUCUCGUGAAGACAUAUCCCAGCCGACCAUCCACAGAACAACUGCUCAAACACUCCUUCAUCAGGGACCAGCCCACUGAGCGCCAGGUCCGAAUUCAGCUCAAAGACCACAUUGACCGUACACGCAAGAAAAGGGGAGAGAAAGAAGAGACAGAGUAUGAGUACAGUGGUAGUGAUGAAGAAGAUGAAAAUCGUGGAGAUGACCGAGAGUCAAGUUCAAUCCUCAAUGUGCCCGGUGAGUCCACCUUGAGGCGGGACUUCCAGCGUCUGCAGCAGGAGAACAAAGAGCGCUCAGAGGCUCACAAGAGGCAGCAGGCCCAACUUGCUGUUCAGCGCCGGGACCCCGAGGAACACAAGAGGCAACUGUUGCAUGACCGACAGAAACGCAUUGAAGAGCAGAAAGAACAGCGCCGCAGACUUGAGGAGCAACAGAGAAAAGAGCGAGAGAUGGUGAGGCAGCAAGAAAAAGGUCCCCACCGGAGACUUGAUGAUAUGAGACGAGAGGAAGACAGAAGGUUGGCUGAGAGAGAACAGGAGUUUAUCAGACAUAAGUUAGAAGAAGAGCAGCGGCAGUUAGAAAUCCUUCAGCAGCAGUUGCUUCAGGAGCAGGCACUGCUUAUGGAGUAUAAGCGCAAGCAGCUGGAGGAACAGCGUCAGUCAGAAAGGCUACAGAGGCAGCUGCAGCAGGAGCAUGCGUACCUGGUGUCUCUGCAACAACAGCAGCAAGAAAAGAAGCCCCAGCUCUACCACUAUAACAAAAACCUGGAGCCCAACAACAAACCUACUUGGGCUCGUGAGGUGGAGGAGAGAAGUAAGCUCAACAGACAGGGCUCGCCCAAAAUCUGCACCACUGUCUCUGACACUGCCAUCCAGUCGCGCUCUGACUCAAUCAGCCAGUCAGGGGUGGUCCAGUCUGCUCAGACCCCACCAAUGCAGAGGCCUGUUGAACCACAAGGAGGACAGGGCAAGUUCCAGAUGGCUCACUUGGUACCUCUGAAGCCUUAUGCUGCCCCUGUCCCUCGCUCCCAGUCUCUCUGUGACCAGCCCACUAAGACCAUGUCCGCCUUCCCCACCCAGGAUCCCUCCCUCACCCCAGCCCCCCGCCCCAUCCACUCUAGAGAGCUGGUGCGUCAAAACUCAGACCCCACUUCUGAAACCCCGGCACCACAGGCACACCAAAUCAGAGAGGAUCGCGGCCCCUGGAUCCGCCUGCCAGAUGUGGAACUCCCGCCUAAGAUUCCCCAGAGGACAGCGUCUAUUGCCACAGCUCUCAACACCAACCUGACCUCUGGCAUAAGGCAUCCAGUAAGAGCCAGCAAUCCAGAUCUCAGCCGCAAUGAUCGCUGGGAGAGAGGAGACAGUAUAAGCAUCAUAUCCAAUCUGCCCCAGACUGGCUCUCUAGAGAGGCACCGCAUCCUCAGUUCCUCCAAAAUGGAUUCACCCAUUCUCUCCCACGAUAGUCGUCAUAAGCCAGGGGAGUCUCGCACCUCCUCCCGCCCUGGGCGCCCUGCAGACCAUGGCCUCUUUGCCAAGGAGCGUGCUGAGGAACAGCCAAGGCCACCAGUCAAGGCCAAUGAUUACUCCUCAUCUUCUGAGAGCAGCGAGAGUAGUGAGGAGAGUGAGAGUGGCGAGGGAGCAGAGGAGGAGGAAAGCCCCACAGAUCGUCACAGGGAUGCAGACACCGAUUCAGUCAACACCAUGGUGGUUCAUGAAGAUGAGGGCGAGGGGGGAGAUGGAGAGCAAGCGGGAGGCUAUGGGGAUCAGACCAUGCUGGUGCAGAGGACCCCAGAGAAGCGGAGCCAUAAUGGAUACACUAACUUGCCAGAUGUGGUGCAGCCCUCCCACUCCCCCACUGACUCAGCCACUCACUCUUCCCCCGGAAAGGACUCUGUUUAUGACUAUCAGUCCAGAGGUUUGGUUAAAGCAUCUGGCAAGUCCUCCUUCACCACCUUUGUGGAUCUGGGCAUGUAUCAGUCACCAGGAGGUACAGGAGAUAACAUCUCUGUCACUGGCUCUAGGUUUGAGCAGUUGAAGAUGGAGGUGAGAAAAGGAUCCAUGGUGAAUGUCAAUCCCACCAACACACGCCCCCCCAAUGACACACCUGAGAUCCGCAAGUACAAGAAGAGAUUCAACUCUGAGAUCCUGUGUGCUGCACUUUGGGGUGUGAACCUAUUGGUGGGCACUGAGAACGGUUUGAAACUGCUGGACCGUAGUGGUCAGGGCAAGGUUUACCCCCUCAUCAACUCCCGCAGGUUCCAACAGAUGGACGUCCUGGAGGGCCUCAACCUGCUCAUUACCAUAUCAGGCAAAAAAAACAAGGUGCGUGUCUACUACCUGGCUUGGCUGAGGAAUAAGAUCCUCCACAAUGACCCUGAGGUGGAGAAGAAGCAAGGCUGGACCACUGUUGGGGAGAUGGAGGGCUGCGUGCACUACAAAGUGGUGAAAUAUGAGAGGAUAAAGUUCCUGGUGAUUGCUUUGAGGAAUGCAGUGGAAGUGUAUGCUUGGGCACCCAAACCUUAUCACAAAUUCAUGGCCUUCAAGUCUUUUGCAGACCUGCCACACCGGCCUCUCCUGGUUGACCUAACAGUGGAGGAGGGUCAGAGGUUGAAGGUCAUCUAUGGCUCUUGUGCUGGCUUCCAUGCCAUCGACGUGGACUCUGGAAACAAUUAUGACAUUUAUAUCCCCGUGCAUAUCCAGAGCCAUGUGACACCGCACGCAAUUGUGUUCCUGCCCAGCUCAGAUGGCAUGGAGAUGUUGCUGUGCUACGAGGAUGAGGGCGUGUAUGUCAACACCUAUGGACGCAUCAUCAAGGACGUUGUCCUGCAGUGGGGCGAGAUGCCCACAUCUGUUGCUCAUAUCUGCUCGAAUCAGAUCAUGGGUUGGGGAGAAAAGGCCAUUGAAAUCCGCUCUGUGGAGACUGGACACCUGGAUGGUGUCUUCAUGCACAAAAGAGCUCAGAGGCUGAAAUUCCUUUGUGAGAGAAAUGACAAGGUGUUCUUUGCAUCAGUGCGGUCCGGAGGCAGCAGCCAGGUGUACUUCAUGACCUUGAACAGAAACUGCAUCAUGAACUGGUGAAGGAACAGCUGCUUUGGUCAGUGUGUGGAACCCAGCCGGGUUUGGAGAUGGAAGUGCAUCCGAAUUCUCACAAACGCAUGCACACAAAUGCAAAUGCCUCUCUCGCUUUCUCUCCAGCUCGCUCUUACUCAAUCAUCCUCCAAAGACACACGUACAAACUCUCAUAGACAAACACACACACAUACACAAAUAAUAUCUAAUUUCAUUCCAGCCUACACUCCUUAAGAUACAGUUUCUACCAAGGCCCCCUGAUAACAAUCUCCCUUGGAUCAUGAAAAAUCACUGACGGGCUUCAACUGUUCAUACCAUCUAUUAAUUUGUACUGUAUAUAUUCUUGUCUUGAUUUACUUUACUUGGUGGACCUGUGUGCAGUAGUAACUAAUUAGUUCCUAAUUGUGAAGUAUGUUAAAAACAUUCCUUGAUGGUUCUGCAGUUCGUUUUGAGGAAGGCAUUAUUUACCACUACUGUAUGUUGAACUGAAGCUGUAAAUAGAUAGCACCUAACACUUAGAUCCGAAUCAUUUGCAGGCCUCUUAUAUAGCCUCCAUUCAGCGUGUUGCCACUGGACACAUGGAUGUCAAAUAAUAAAAUGCUGGAACACCCAUAUGCAGUGGCUUGUGGCCAAUGACUCCCAUUGUUGUGGGGGUUUCACAUUUUCAGGAAGGCUUAAAGGAAGGAUUUAGAACAAAAAAUAUUACAAAGGGACAUUAAAGUCGGGAUGAAGUAUCUCAUUCCUUAGGAGACAGUAACCUGAAGUCCUGCUCUCAGUAACCUUUUUUUCUGGCCUGAAUGGAAAAUUAUGUUGCAGCUCUUACUCACGGCAACUUGAAUGCUUCAAAAGAAAAAUAAAUUUCAGUUUAAAGACAAAUAAAUAAUUAAAAAAAACAAUCAGAAGUCUCAUAAAUGAUGCAGUACUCAGAAUCAGUACUUUGAAAUCUCCUGCUUUGCCUUUUAUUAUGGUUGAGGUCAGACCAUGAAUUAUUUGACUCAUCAGGCUUGUUUCUAAAGUUUCUGUUUUCAUAGAUUUACAAAAUACAAAAAUUUGCUAUUUAUAUGUAGUGACUCUGUAUUGGUAUUAGCCUAGUGGUAUUCUUAAUUUUACUGUAAUUAUAUUGCCAUUAUAUUGCAAUAUAUUCUAUUCUUGUGGAGUCUUUGUUUGAAAAGGAGAGUUCAUGUGUUUGGAUGGUAUUAGGGGAGAAUGAUGACAACUUUGUAGAAGAGAGGGGAUGGGACAUUUGUCAGUAAAGGAGGACAUCGGAAGUAUGUGGAAGCUGGGUUUUGAGUGAGAUUAUAGCUAUGAAGGGAGAUCAUUUUCAAGGUCCUUUCACCCUCCUACUACAGUGAUCUAUGCUACUGUAUUAGAUUUCAGUUCUUGGACUAUUUUCAUUUCAUUUUUGUGAGAAGUGUUUGUCCAGGGGAUUGCAGUGGAACGGCUCUUAGUGUGGUACAGUUCUUAUUUGUCUUGGGCCAGUGGAAAGAUUUAAUGUAGGGUGACUCUGCAAUACCACAGAGGACUCCAUCUCAUCGGGUACUUUGGAGAACACGGCUAGAACACAUGAGACUCGAUAUAUUUUAUAUCUGUACAUUCUGCCAAAGUUCAAGGCAUAUUCUGCAACAGGGGUAUGAACCAAGGCCAAAGGCAAUAGAGUUUAAUUGGCAACUAGCCAUUGGAGAAGAAACUAUUCCUACAGAUCACUAACCAUUGUUUUCCUUUCAGUAUAUCAAUCCAAAGACUCAGCUAGCUUUUCACUAAUAUUAUGGUAUCAUGCCUAAUUAGCUGCUUGGGAUUUCCUAUAGAUCUUGACUCUAUGAGUGUUUGUUAGUUGUGGAAAUUAACUAUCUGCUUUGUUUAGGCAGCUGCAUAAGGGAGAUACAGUGCUCUCAUACACCAGGCAGUACGGUAGAAGUAUGAGGCAGCAUUAUCAGGAAUUAGCCUGGUGGUUUUCUGUCAGCAGUGGGAAGGUCAACAGAUGAAUCAAGCUUUUUGUUCAUUGAUUGACUUGGUUACAAGCAACAACAACACCGUGCUGCCACAGCACUUUGGUAUAAACAGAUGGACAUUUUAAAGUCAAGAUGGUUUUACUUACUCCUAUCGUGCAUUUUUAUCGUCCUGGAGUUGUUGGAAAAAUAUCUAAAAACAUUUCAACAACAUAUCACUUUGUUUUUAAUUCAUCUGCCUAUAAAUAAAGGCGGACAUGUUAAUGUUAAAAAAAAAAUGCACCCGUAAAGUUUUCCUGAAACUGCCAGUAUGAAAAACUUUUGGAUGUCACGAAAGGAACUUUGCUAGUGAUCAAAGGGAUAGUCUGCUAAAAGUCACACUUUAAGCUAUGGGGAUAAAUUUAAUGCAUCCAAAAAGAAAGCUAUUAAGAAUGCAGUGUAAGGUCAGGGCAAAGAGUGUUUAAUCAAAGAUUAUAUAAAUAGAUGGUUAAUUUUAUGUUGAGAAAACAAACUAACUAACUGAGCAUGGAAAGCACUUUCACUUCAGUAAACAUACAUUUACAACAGUUUUCCCCUUGUGUUUUUAUUCUUAAAUAUGUUAGGUGCCAUGACCUACAUUUCAAAUUUCUCAAUUACAAUACAACAAGAGCUCUGGCCCUCAUUAUUUUUAUGGUCAAACAUUUAUUUUUUUCAAUCUGACAUGUUUACAGUUUAAGCAGUGCCUUGGAGUCGGGAAGGCAAGAAGUUUUAGGAUGGGAUGUGAGUGCUGCCCCCCCCCCCGGUCCCUCAUUAUGAUUUAUGUCCUGUGCCAGUUAAGUGCACUUAAGUCAAAUCCAGAAUAUCCCAUAGAGGGACUUCAGAUACUUUUUUGGCACCACAUAUCCAACCUGAGAUGAUCAACUGACGAAAAUCCGUUCAGAGAGUUGCAAUAACUAAUAAAUUAAUAUAUGUCCAAUUAAUCCAGUGUAAUGUGUAGAGGAUCUACUCACAAUGGGAGUCGGCAUAGAGAAAAGCCAUACGUAUGACACAUGUUUGUAGGAGAAAACUUAGUACUUGUGCACAGAUCAAAUUAAACUGUGUGUGAUGUCUGCUCAGAAAAUGUAGGCUCCUGCAGCAAAGAUGAUGUAAGCGCUUAUUCUUUGAUGUUGAUUGUUUAAUCUUGUAGUUGGGAAAGUAGCUUGAUAUAUUCUAAGAAGCCUAUUUUAUAGAAUAUGUAAAUUAGUCUAUAUUGAGGAGAAAAAAAAGUGAAUGUACAUCUAUAAGACAGAUUUGUAUUUAUAUAAAAAUGUGUACCACUCUAUUAAUCAAAGCACAAUGUAUUUAAGGCAGAGAGAUCAAAGCUGUAAUGGCGUAUUACAAAGAGAUGGAGUUUUUUGUUUUGUUUUUUCUCCCCCCCUUGUUCACUCAGCAGUUGUCAGACUUGUCAGUAUGUAACCAGUCUCAGUAGUUGGUUAUAGUGAAGCGAGUAAUCCGUUGAGACAGCUGUGUGUAUGUGGACAGUGUCAGUAACUGCAACAUUUCUGUUUAGUUAUCCAGACAGAAAAUAAUGUCUGUCUUCUUAUUACCAGAAGAGUCAACUGUGGCUGUGAUUCAGACUUGUGGUGACUCACAGAUUGGUGUUGGACUCCUGGUGUCUGCGUGUAAAUUGCCAGUGCGGGGUUGACAAGCUGUCAAUAUGCUCAGGUGACGACAGGGAUCAUCACACAGGUGGUACAGUGGUGACAUGAAGGGCGUAAUGGCCUUUGUUGUGAGGUUAUUGGCUCUUGGCUUUGGGAUUUUAUCAAAAAGGCAGCAUUUAACAAAGUGCAAAAUGCAUCAAUCAUUUACCGACUAUUACAGAGUAUGGACAAAGACACUAGUUUAUUUUUUGUUCCUUAAUAAGUUUAGUGUUAUAUGUUUUUGUCACCAUUAUAUAAUGUUGAAGUGGUGCCCCAAAAACUAAAUACAGAGUGAUGGUAAGACAUUUCGUUUGCCAUUUUGUUUGCAACAUAUCAGGUGCUAACUAGUAGCAAAUCUGACUUUUCAAUGUUUCCAAAAGGGUUUUUGAAAGAGUUUUUAAAAAGCUCAUCGCCUUAAAUCAUUAUUCAAAUAAAAUGCUCAGACAGUGAUCUCUUUUUAACCACUGACUAAUUUUCAUCACUUUUUGAACUUUUGGAUUGUAAGUAAACUUAACAUUUGAUAUCACUAACAUGUAGAAUUCCCAUGAUAAACUGGGACUAGUUUGGUUAAAUAGGAUUAAAAGAGCACUCCACCGAUUUAGCAUUGUAUUGUCUGUCUCACAAUGGACACUUCAAAAAAACGAAAUAUCAUAAUUGAUGCAGCAGAACCAGAGAUAUCCUUUAUUACACACAUUCUUCUUUCUACAUCCUACAAUACCCAUGAUGAAGCUCGACCACUGUUGGUGGUCGAGCUUCACACCCUCAGACUUUUUCAUUUUCAGACUUGUAGUCUUCAGCUCUAGCCAAUUUAUCAGACUUUGUGCAGCUCCCUCUGGAUCCACAAAAGGCUUUAGACAACUUUUUCCACGUAUGCAGUAGUACUCCCCAAGACGUGUUAACAGACUUUGAUGUGUAAAAUCAAAAUGCUACUUAAUUUGCAGUUAAAUGGCAUAAAUAAAGUGUCUAAAUUACACAGGAGAUAUAUUCUGCUAAAUACUUGACCGCUCAACUAAUUUUGAUCUAUAAGUGCUGUUAUUACAAGAAUAUCCACUACAUGUAAAAGAAGGUAUAUUUAUUUAUUUUUUAAAGGUAAAAUACCACAUCAUCAUAUUUGUUUAAUCAUUUUCAUUGCUUCAUUUCUGUUUUUUUUUUUUUUUUGGAAUGGCACUGCAGAUGAGUUUUUGGACUGAGUAAAGAGAGACAUGUUUGGUUUAUUUUAAGAAGACCUUUAUUUUACCUUUUAAAAAAAAAAAAAAAAAAAAAAAC